AUGUUCAGCAGCAGAGGAUUUGGUGUUGAAGGUCGUGAGUCUACUGAAGCAACUGCCAAACCAAAAAGAAGUUUUUAUGCGGCGAGAGACUUGUACAAAUACCGGCACCAGUACCCACAGAACUUCAAAGAUAUCCGAUAUCAAAAUGACUUGAGCAAUCUUCGUUUUUAUAAGAAUAAAAUUCCAUUUAAGCCAGAUGGUGUUUACAUCGAAGAAGUUCUAAAUAAGUGGAAAGGAGAUUAUGAAAAAUUGGAGCACAACCACACUUACAUUCAAUGGCUUUUCCCCCUGAGAGAACAAGGCUUGAAUUUUUAUGCAAAAGAACUAACUACAUAUGAAAUUGAGGAAUUCAAGAAGACAAAAGAAGCAAUUAGAAGAUUUCUCCUGGCUUAUAAAAUGAUGUUAGAAUUUUUUGGAAUAAAACUGGUGGAUAAGACUGGAAAUGUGGCCCGGGCUGCUAACUGGCAGGAGAGGUUUCAGCAUCUGAAUGAGUCCCAGCACAACUAUUUAAGAAUCACCCGUAUUCUUAAAAGCCUUGGCGAGCUUGGAUACGAAAGUUUCAAACCUCCUCUUGUCAAAUUGAUCCUUUACGAGGCACUGGUGGCGAACACGCUCCCCAAUAUUAGGCAGAGCGCGCUCGAGUACUUCGUGUAUACGGUCAGAGACCGCGCCGAGAGGAGGAAGCUCCUGCGCUUCGCCCAGAAGCAUUACACGCCCCCCGAGCAUUUCAUCUGGGGCCCCCCCAGGAAAGAGCUCUCCGAGGGGAGCAAAGGCCCCCCCACGCCCAGCCCUCCCGUGUCAGCUCCUAACAACCAAGGGUCUGUGCACAGAAAGCCCAAGGAGUCCAAAAAUGCCCCCGCAGCUGCUCACAUAAACAGCAAGGCCGAGGAAGACAAGAAAGGGACCCCGAAGGACGCUGGCGCGGAGCCCGGGAGGCUGGGGCCAGAGCCAGGCGAGGAGGCCGCCAGGCCGCGAAGCAGCAGCGAGAAGGACUGUCCGGGGGACCACCCCGAUUCCCCACCCGAACAAACUGCGAGCAGUUCCACUGAGAGUGCACCCCCUUCUGAAAAAGCAGAAGGUGGUGAGGCUCCUAACCCAAACUCUGAAAAUCCUGGAAACGCGAGUUCCCACGAUGAUGUACCACCGCAGUGAACUGUCCAGAAACCACAGACUCCUGUGGGUACGGGAGCAGGGGAAAGGCUGUCGGAUUUUUUUCUAAAAAAAAAAAAGCGAGGUCGUAUACCACAGUUUAGCCAUUUUGUGAUUUAUGUUUUGUGAUUUAUAUCGUAAGCAUUUUGUUGUUGUCGUUGUCAUGUCAGAUGACCACGGAUUUAAAGUUUGAUAUGAAGUUGGACGACACUAUCCAAUCAAGGAUGCGUUCUGCAGGGACCAGAGGAUGGGCGUUGUCCAAUGUGACACUGGACGAUUACUUUGAAGUUAUUGUCAAGGGCUCUGAAAACAAUCCUUUACACCAAGCAACUUCUCCUGGGAAGUUGCGCUCUAACUGGGGAAACGCAAAGAAUGGUUUCAUUUGUUGGCACAAAUUUUAUUCCUGAUUUCCGAAUUUCUAGUUUUGAAGUCAGAUAAUUCAUUAGAGUCAUUUGGAUACUUUGAUUCCCACACCACCAUGUAUUUGUUUUCAAGUCUACUAAAGUAAAAUGGAUGUUGGUGGGGAGCUCAGCCCACCCCUCAUCCCACUGACUCGAUCACUUUCCUCCCUGUGCAAGCUCGCGGGCUGCAUUGUGUGAUGGAGCACUUGCCUUUCUGACACGCUAGGAUGCUACCCUCAUGUCUAGUGUGCUAGUGGGCACCCGCACCCUCACAACUGACGUUUAAAUGCAACUGUGGUGGACUUUCAGCGUCUGAUGUCAAGAUUUCGUUUAAAAUGAUAAAAAUGCUUUUCUGUGUUAUGUACUUAAACCAAUUUUGAAUCAAAAGUCCUUGAAAAGAAUUACGUUUCCUAUGGCUCUCUGUGCCACACACCUUGGGCUGCUUGACUCUGGAUGCACAUGGCUGGAGAAUUAAAUAACAAAGGAAUCCUUCAUUUUUCAAACCCAUGCCCCUUGUAUUGGCAACUGGGUAGUGGUCACUCAGAUCAUUAGUAUCUCAGUAUUAUGUGGAUUAUGAGAUUAGUAAUAAGUUUAAUGUACAGUUAAUCCUUUUAAAAUGCCAUUUGA